UUGUGCGGCCUCCGUCUAAUACAGUGGAAGCAGGGCUCCUCCUCAGUGCCCUCCCCCGCUCGUAUUCCCGGGUCCGCCUGAGGAAUGUAAACUAUUCAACAUGGAGACAGCAGUCAAUAAGCUGGAGGCUCUGUUCCAAAAAGCUGAGUCUGACCUGGACUACAUUGAACAAAAGCUUGAGUUUGAAAUACGGAAGAGCCUACCAGAUGAGUCUGCAGCUCAGGAAAAUCCUACAAAAUUGUUGGAGCAGUUAUCCGGUGUUAAGUCCCGAUUUAAAAAUUUAUCUGCACAAUUGGACAGGAUUGCAACCGACCAACAGAAGUCCGUAGAGAGCAUUCAGCAAACAAUGACAAAUACACUGAAAAUUGUGAAGCAUUUGCAACAGCAAACAGAUUCACAGGUACCAUCUUUGUCUGAGGAGGAACUUCAAGCUCUCCAACAAUUUGAAGCUCUAGCACUAAAGGGCAUUGACUUACAGUCAACAAGGUAAUAUGAUUCACAAGUACUACAAGAAAUGCUACAGACCCCUGAAGAUCUGAUCUCAACAUUUCAAAGAAAUUAUUCUCUUGUGGACACUAUAUUCCAGAGUGACUGCUCAGUGUAUGGAAACAAAUCUGAAAGUGAUAUGUUGGUGCCGUCGGCUCCUUUUACUGUUCAAAUUGCAACAUACUGGUUGUGAAGCGUAACACAAAUCAAGGAAUGUUUUUUCCUUGUGACUUGAAAGUGUAUUUGUUCAUUCUACUGCACCUUGUCAAUGCUUGCUGCGGGUCAGCUUUUUUUGGGGCCACACUUCUACUUUGCAAUGUUUUCAAUCGAGUUCUUUCAUAUGGAAAAUGUCUUUAUUACACAGUGCUGCAGUUGAGUAUUACAACUGAUUAAUACAGGAUGCACUGUGGUAUUCAGUUAUCAUUGAAAAGAGGUGCAGGUUACAUAUGUUAACUUCCAUGUACAUUUACUUAACAUAUUUGUUUUUAUUGGGUGUAAAAUAAAUUAAAUACUACCAUGUA